AUGACUACCAAAAUGAAUGCGCGGAAGGUAAUUCGAGAUUUACAUACAGCUUGCAGACAUAAAGGAGAAAAAAAAUACAAAAAAGUUGCUGAACAUUAUUCUAAAAAAGCUGUUGAAGUUACCAAAGAACUUCUAAAUAUUUUUUUAAAUUUUGGAGCUCCAAUCGUGCUUCAAUCUGAUAAUGGUAGAGAAUUUACUGCCAAUAUAAUUAAAAAGCUUGGAUGUCUUUGGCCAGCUUUAGUUCUUGUUAAUGUGACGCCAAGAUAUCCACAAAGUCAAGAAAGUGUGGAAAGGGGUAACUGUGUUGUAAAAGAAUCAUUGGUGGCUUGGAUGCAAGACCAUAACUCAUCUUCUUGGUCUUUGGGCUUGAAAUUUGUUCAGUGGGGUAUAAAUACAACUUAUCACGAAGCCAUAAAAAUGAUGCCUUAUAAAGCGAUGUUUGGACAACCUCCAAAAGUAGGUUUGGGAACAAAAAUACCCCAAGAAUUUUUGGCUGCUAUUUGCAAUGGAAUAAUGGAAGAAAAGAUAAAUGAAUUACAUAAAAUUCCAGAAAAUAAAUCGGAUGUGGACCUUGAAUAA